AUGCGUUCUGUCCUACUGGGUUUGAUAACCCAGUUAAGGGCUAGUCCCACGGACGAUUUCUUCUUUUUUUCACAAGCUGCUCCUGGCGAGAAGUUUUGCUUCACUCCUCCAACGGAUGAUGAAUUUGCUAUUUACAACCUCAAAAAUAUUGAAAACGACGAUGUCGUCGCACUGAUGGACUGUCAAGUAGUUUACAAUCAGUUCAUGGGCGAUAGUCUUGAGCCUGCUCCACUGUCUGCUGCUAACAACCUCCCCAAAGCGGUCGAAUGCAGUGUUCCCGAUUCAGCAGAAGUGGGCGAUAUCUUCUCCCUCAGCUGGUCCGAGGAAGAUGGCGAAGGGUUUUCUCACGACACAAUUGAAGUGGUCGACCGAGAGGGUAUUCUUCAGCUUCCAAGCGAGGAAGGGAUCUCUUGCUGGCGACGAAAGAGCAUUCGAAAGCAAGAACGUAUUCGAGCCCUUGCUGCUGGUCGCUCUAAUGGUGGCCGAGCAAGACGAGGCGCAAACCCGUCCAUCGACUCUCUCGUUCCCCGUCAAGCUUCUCCUAAUGGCGGUACCAUCAUCACUAUCGUCGGUCAAAACCUCAAAUCAAAAAUGAUCGAUAUUGGAGGAGUCCAAUCUGAGUCAGAAGAUCAGGGAGAAACCUUUGAGAUCUGGUUUGGACGAGACUGGCACGAUGGAAAGGGGGAGACUAAAAUCCCAUGCAGAAUCGACAGAAUGUUGGGGCUUCACUUGGAAAAUAUGUCAGGCGUCGACACUGUAUCCUGUGUCGUGGAUAAAAUCCAGCGUCCAGGUCAUUACUGGAUCCGAAUGAUUAUCGAUAACAACGAUAAAAUCAUUUAUGGAACACACGUCUACUUCGCUGAGUCCGCCGCUCCAUCUAUCAGCCUUAUGUAUCCAUCCGCUUCAUCACCAGCAAAGCCUUCGGACGCCUACGAUUACGAAGGUGUCUACUGGACAAGCUGGUAUGACGUUGAUACCGACGAAGAUGGUGUCCAGGAUGAAUCAAUCAACAAGCACUGGGAGUCUAAUGCUAUGGAAAUGCAAUACUGCAUCAAUCCUCUUGGCAUUGAAGCGAUCAACAAGAGAACCGGACUUCCCUUUGUAAACUCCGCCAACGAAAAUGCCGACGGAAACGCCAUCGCAACCUACUUUAAUACUCUCCAAGGUUUCAAAUGUGAAGACGCGUCACAGACUGUCGACAGCAUUACUUGCCCAGACGUAAAAAUCAGAUACAAAUGUCUCCCAGGUCUUCGAGAGUUCAAAGGUCGAAUCUACACUGAUGUCCACGGUCGAUCUGAUCAUCCAGAGUUCCAUAUUAACAGAAUUAUGGAGACUCCGAAAAUUGUCAACGAAAAUGACGGAUUCAAAGCAACUGCUCAAAUUUUCCUCAAUGACGGACAGAACUGCGGUGAUCAUCCCAACUGUGGUGUGAACGAGCGCCUUCCAAUGAAAGUAACCAAUGGAGAUAAUGGUAUUAUCCGAUACGUCGGUGAUAUCUCCAUUCCUGGUGGAUACAAUUUCACAUACCAAGUCUUCCACAAUGGUUUCUCAAUGACAAACAAGCGAAACUUGAACUACAUGACCAAUGAGGAUCUCAUUCCCGUCACUUACGAAGUUUACCCCCAGAUCGACAGCAUCAAUCCACAAAUGGGGUCGGUUGAAGGAGGAACUCUCAUCACUAUCACGGGAUCUGGUUUUGUUGAAGAUGGUCUCGGGGGCGAUGUCAACGUCAAACUCGGAGAUGAUCUUUGCGAGAUUGUUUCAAUGACUGAGCGAGAAAUUAUCUGUCGAACUGCUGCGAAGGCCGAAGAGCCAGUCACUUUCCCUGAGAAUCGAGUUUUUACUCCUUUCUUUAAUCUUGGACACUCGGAUAAUGGAAUCAUCAACAAGUGGGAAGGCGAGGCUUAUGGGUUCACAGUCAAAAAUAAGGCUCAAUGCGAAGAUCUCUGUCGAAUCGAUGCUUCCUGUAUCAUGUGGGUCUUCCACGAUAGUAACUGCUAUCACCACAACUUAGCCACUCAAUCCGUUGAUGCUUCUUACCAUACAGAUCAUUAUCAGAUGGACACGUGGGACGGUGCUGAAGGUGGAUACAUCGCAUGGACCGAUCGAGUAAAUGAGCAAGAUUGCUUCUCCGGACGGGGCGAAAAAUACGUCGGAAACGUCGCUGUGACCAAGCAUGGGAAUUCCUGUAAAUCUGGCACAUUCUGCCGAAAUCCGGAUCCACUUAACCAAGUGAAGCCUUAUUGUGAGACUGAUGAUGGAUCACACGAGGCAUGCAAUAUUCUCUACUGCUCGAAUACACUUGGUAAAUACGCGGGUAAUCGUGGAUCAGAGGUCAAAGUUCAAAAAGCGUACAGAUGGCGAAGAGAACUCGAUGCGCUUGACUAUCCAGAAGCACGAUACAGCGCUCCAGGAUGGUCAUGGACUAAUGAAAACAUGGCUUUCUCUUUCUACAAGUUUUACGGUGAAUUCUUCGGAAACGCAGGUUCUGACUACCGGCUACGUGCUAAGAACUACUUCAUUGCCCCCUUCGAUGGUGUAUUUUCAUUCCAUCUUCGAGGAGAUGACGCUCACGAUCUAUCUGUGGUCAAUGAUGACGGCUCUUUCGAAAGUAUCGCAAGAAGCACAUGGUGGGCAUGUCACGUCGAUGACGAUUGCGAAACCCCGGCAGAUUUCUCUCGACAGUUCACAUUCGUCAAAGGCGACAAAAUAAAACUUGUUGUCUCCUACACUGAAAACAGCGGGAACGAUCACGCCACUGUCGGAGUUCACUACCACGGCAAAACUGCAGACUCCGGUACAUGGCACGAUACUGUUCCAAGAAAUGAAUGGCAGCAAGAUAAUUACGUCUACGAUCGACAACAACUGCGAGUUCGACAAACCGGAAAGAAAGACGGAUUCUGGAUUUUCUUCAAUCACGCUCUCGGUGUUCAAGAUGGAAGCGCGAUUCCCGACGGAGAAACAUGGGACAGUUCUCGAGACCCAGAAUUUAACAUCAAGUGGUGCGGUGACAACAACAACUGCUUCGAAGCUGAUAUUGAUGGAAAGGCAAGCAACUGGAAAGAUAAUAUGGAAGAUACAAUCAACUCAUGGUUUGAACCAGAAUGCUCAGUCUCAGGAAACAUGAACCCUCUUCGAUACUAUGGUGGUUAUGAAAACGAUCAAAAAUACGAUUGGCCAGGACAACAUCAUUUUGUCAACUACCGAAAUAGUAUGUGCGGAAGAAAAGUUCAUGAGACACACAAUCAUGACUUCUGGAACACACAUUUGGGUGGCAAAUUCAACACUGACAAUGAAAACGAUGUUUGCUUUGCAUACGAGGGUAUCAUCGACAAGUUCAGAGUUUACGGUGAAUUUACCUACACUAAUGAUGAAGGACAGACCAAGACAUUCAAGGACUGGAUGAGCCAACCAGUAAACUGGCAAUCAAAAGGAACAUACAAGCAUAUUUGCUUCAAGAUCACCGACACUAUUGCACCCGGAAACUACUACGAUGGGAAUCCACUCACAAGUGGCAUCACUGUCUACAAUAUGCGAGUUGAAAACGGCGAUCUGUCAAACAUUUACAUUGAUGAACUCCGAGUUGGAAAAAUGCGAAGUCAAAUCUCAGUUACCCAAACUAGAAAACCGCUUUCUUUCGGUGGCCAGGUUCCUACCAAAGUUGACCUUGGAUUCGCUUCAAAUUACUGGUGGGGUCGAUACAUCCACAUGGAGAUCAAAACUUGGGCUGAAAACGCAUUCUGCGGCACAAGCGCUCCUCUCCCACAAAUUCGUCCCAUCGCGUCUAAAAGUGGAAUCGUUAACGAAGGCCCAAAUAAUCCGACGUACGGUUCUAACUGGGAAAAUGCUAAUCCUGCUCUUGAACUCAAUCAUUGGGGUGGUUUCGCCGAAGCUUUUACUUACGAUGUUCAAAACAAGGACUUUUAUAUGAUUGAUCUUGACUACAAAAAUAUCCUCACGAAUCCAGUGCAAAGAUCAAUGUUCCGCGUUUGGGUCUUCCGAAGAGACGAAAUGCCGAGCAAGCUUGAAAAUGUUCCCGUUGAAAUCGGAAUGGAAGGAAGCUCAGAAAAACUUAAUGUCAACUUCGGUUAUGAUUACUGGCCAAUGAUGUUGAAGAAUGAUCUGAUUGCUACCUGGCCUGAGCUAGGAGAAGACGGCUUACAUAUUGACACCUGGAGAAAUGGUUGGUGUAACGAAGGCUAUUACUAUACCAUAAGAACCAGACAACAUGGUAACAUGAAAGCUCUUACCUUUACGGCUAAUCCGCCAGCUGGCUAUUACAUCCGACCAGAUCAUAAGCAAAUGUGGGAUCAUCAUUCUGCGGUUCCUACGGACAUCAUUCCAGGAUCCGUCAUCGCUACUCAUCACAAAGUUCCACAGGUUGUCGUCACUGCUAACGGACAAAGAUCUGCUUGCAAAAACUGCGAUUACCAAUUUUUGAACAGAUACACUCCAGUUCUAAACUCAGUAUCUCCUUCUUCUGGCGCUAUUACUAUGGGCGAUUCGAUCGUCUUCGAAGUGAAUGUAAAGGACUACACUGGAGACUUGACUGAGUUCUCUGCUACUGUUGGCGGAGUCGAAGUUGCUGACUGCUCUUUCACUGAAGCUGAUAACGCAGGCGAUCGAGUUCUUACUGUCUCUUGCAGUAUUGGCGCAACCGGCGCAGGCUCCAACCACGAAAUUGUCGUUCAAUUUUUCGAUUUGGGCGUUAUGACUUCCUCGAGCACAUUAACUGUGGCUACUGCUGUUACAAGCUCUUCUCCAUCAGAAGGAUCCAGACACGGUGGCACCAUUGUUACAGCUCAGGGAACUGGCUUCUAUCAAGGACAAACAGUGCAGGUUAACUUCAACGGAGCUUCUGUCAACUGCGAUUCUACCGGUCUUGAAGUCACUUAUACCGAAAUGAAGUGUCGAACUGCAGCCAACGGUGGUUCUUCUGCUACAAGUCCUCAACUAGAUAAUGUGUCGCCUAAUAAGCUUACUGUUCUUGGAGGCGAACGAAUUACUCUUACCGGUUCUGAUUUCACUUCUGAGUGUGACGAUAGCGUUGUCUACAUCGGCGAUGCUACUGCUAGGACUAUUUCCUGGACUGACACUGAAAUUAUCGCGGUCGCCCCCGCGCAAGCCCAUCAAGCUUCGCGAGCUGUCAGAGUCUACGUCUGCAACAUUGGAGAAUCUAACAGUGUCAAUGUUAACACUCGAUUCCAGGUUACUGGCGUCAGCUCAACAUUUUCGUCCCUCGCUGGUGGCAACAUGAUUACUGUCAGCGGACAUGGAUUUGCUUCUAUGGCCGAGACUUCUGGAGAUGGUUCGCUUUGGGCAGCUGUCGGAAACUACCCAUGCAAAAUCAGUGAUGUCACUUACAACAGCUUUGUCUGCAAAACUGCUCCAUACAAUAACCGCGUUGAGCUUCAAGUAACUGGUAGCGGUAUUUACCGAAAUGGCGUCAAAGUCGACAUGGUCGAAAUCGAAAAAGGAACAGAAGUGUUAUGGAGAUGGAGAAUCGCCAUCAGCGGUGUUGUUCCAUAUGUAAGACUGCAGCGAACUUCUGCGGCCGGUGAUGCCGAGACUAGCAAUGGACAAUACUGGAGUCCUCAAUUCCAAGGAGAUGAAGGAAAAUUCGUCAAAUUUUUCACUGGAAAAGGAACCUAUCAUUAUUCUACUGGGCUUAUCGAUUCUGCCACAAUCUUCUCCAGCAGCACACUCAAGGUUGUUGAUGCAACUGACAAACCACUUGAGUUUUCUGUUCAAAUGAACGGUUUCCACGCUGAAGUUGCUAAUUUCAAUACCAAUCAGCCAAGCCAUGCGUGUGAGAAUGUUGGAACUUCUACUGCUAUGCCACCAGCUGAAGCAGGACCUUGGAUAACUUAUUCUUGGGCUACAACGCCAGUCGUAAAUAUCGAAAACGAUAUCGUUGCAAGCACUAUCGGCGGCGAUAACCGGGUGACCUUUUCUGCGAAUGUGCCCGACAUGAACAGCUGCAAUAGCCGAGUUACUGCCUUCUACGGACCUUAUUCUGGAAACUACAACUCUCAUGGCUCGAACUGGUAUAAAUGGAACAUCGACCCAGCUGGAGCUUUAGACACCGCCGAGUCAUACGAGCUCCGAGUUAACCUUCAGAACAUUGGUGAUGCCUACUACACCGACUACGUUGUUGAAUCAGAUGAAAACGAUGUUGUAACGAGCUAUCAGGUUGACGGAAAUACCGCCACAACUUUUGGUGCUCAUGUUGAUUCGAUCAAUUUGGACAGGUUCUCCCGUAACGGUGAUGUUGAUCUCGUUAUUAAUGGCCAGGGCUUUGUCUCGUCUACUCGUGGUGAUGAUCAAAUCAGCAUCCGAGGCGACUUUACUGCCAACUGCAAGUCAACUUCACACAGCUACACCGAAGUUUCUUGCCGCCUUGACAAAAUUGCUCAGAAUACUGUCGAUUAUUCAUUCACGAUUUACGUUAAUGAGUUCGAUACAGGAUUCACCGUUCAGACUCGAUCUGGUCAAACUCCUUCCGUCAACAGCGCGGAUAGGUCAACUGUUUCCGCCGACUCCAAUGUGAUCACUUUCAAUGGAGCAAAUCUCGACGGCUUAACUGUCUACGCUGGUGAUUUCGAGGCUGCCGUUUCCGCUAGCGGAAAUACUGCAACUGCUACUUUCAAUGGCGUUCAAGGUGGACGAUAUCCACUCCGAUUCCAUGCCACUACUGGAGGUGUCACCGUUGCUGAUGGGCUCGAUACAAUUACAGUCGAAUACUCCGCAUCCGCGAUCAGCCCUUCAUCAGGUGGUCUUAAUGGUGGUACUCUUGUCACCGUUACUGGCUUUGGUUUUGAUAAAGACUCAGUCGUUGAAGUUUAUGCUUCAAACGGUGAACGACUUUGCGAAUUCUGUCGAAUCAAGGAAGUCGUCGAUACAACAACUCUCGUUUUCUACUCGCCACGAGUAGUUUCUGCUGACACUGCUAAAGUAGUUAUCAAGCAUGAGUACUUGUCAUCUGAUACUGAAUACUCUUUCGAUUUUGUUUAUUCUGCCAGCUCUGGUUCAAUCGACAGUGCAUCUGGAACAACAUCUGCUCUUAUCGGUGGCGAGACUAUCACUCUCGCUGUUAUCAACGAAGGAUCUUGCGCGAAUAUGGCUAUUGAAAUCGUGCAGACUUCUAAUCCCUGUGCUGUUGGAGCUCACGAAUGUGCUGAUUCUGCUACUUGUCAUCCAACUGCUGAUGGUCUCGAUUACACAUGUACUUGUGACGAAUGCAGCUGGUGCGAUGAAUCUGACUACUGGCAUUACUACGGAUCUGGCCGUGACUGCUUUAGAUUUAUUCGUCGAGGCCUGGCUUUCAAAGCUGACGCCGAAGCUGAAUGCGAAGCUCAAUAUGGCGAAACCAUGUAUAGAAUCGAUUCUCAAUAUGACGAAGAUAACCUGAAGGCUAUUUACCAGACUGGAGGACCUGAAGGAAGCGACGGAACAGCUAGCCGAGGUACCUACGCGAUGUGGUACGGUGAAGUGAAAUGCUUCCGUGGUGAAAUUGAUGAAAACGGCGUUUUCGGAUUCGUCUUCCCAGAAGGUGAUUGCGAUAGCUGGGGUAGUAGCGGCGAUCAGUUCAAGAAGCGAGUCUGGUGUCGACGAUACCAUAACAGAAACUGUUUCAACAAUGAUCUUGAUAUGGGCCGAUAUACUUACAAGGGCUGGCUUAGCAAAUCUUUCACUGGAAAAGAGUGCUCAAGCUGGGAACCAACCUCGUGGUUCAGUGACUAUGAUCACAACCCUCAUUAUUUGAGAAAAGGAAAUUUGUGUCGAAACUUAUGGGAUGAUGAUGAUGGUAUUUUCUGUGCUAUGGAUGAAAAUUGGGAUUGGAAAGACCCAGAACGAUUCGCCAGAGAGAGCUGUGGUAUUCCAACUUGCCAAGAGCUCGAAGCUGGAGCUAAGCGAUUUGCUUGUGCUAUUAGGCCAUUCCUACCAGGAUUGCCUGAUGAAUACGUUUACAUGUAUUCGGAUAGUCCCGAUAAUAUAAGAAACGAUACUUUCGUUCGAGACAAAAACUGCUACAUUGGCGGAAGAAACGACAACCGACUUCAUAAUCCCCACAGAUGCUACUAUGACAGUCGUUUCCCUGAUCAAUGGCGAAUCAACACAGUCGCACCUGGUGUCCACACCGUCGAGUUUGUUCGACAUGACGAUAGUUCAAAAUAUCUUGCGAUAAAUAUGGCUGCCUCUUCUGAUUCAUACAGAGUUGUUCUCGUUUCAGACCCUAACGAUCCAAAUGCGCAGCUUAGCGUUGUCGAUGAUGUUUUUGCUCCUGGAACCGUUUCAAUUCGACAGGGUGAAUACUUCCUUCACUCCGGAAGAGGAUCGGCCUGGAUGAAACCAGUUCAUCAAAAUGAAAUCGGUGACCUUGAUGAUGUCCAAGAACUUGCGUUUGUUCUCGAAUGUCCUAACGACGAUCUUGGAAAUCUCAUUGAUCAACCGAAAGCUCCAUUUAUGGUCAAAGAAACCCUUACUCCAUCAUGCUCCGCAGGUUCUGUUACUUUCGAUGCUCCUUCUCUUCCAGCGGGUAGUUACAAAGCUGUUCUACGAUCAAGCGAGUAUGGCCAAGCAGAAAAUGUCAUUGAUCUCGAUUAUGCACUCACUGUAGACUCUGCUUCACCAAGUACUAUCGGUACAAAUGGUGGUCAGUUGCUUACGUUGACUGGGUCUGGAUUCAGCGAAAUGGUCACAGGCGUUCUUUGCGAAGAGGACCUUACUUUUGUGAGCUUCACCGAAGCCACCGGUAGUGAUGCUGAGGAAAUAGUUUUUGCUGUCCCACCAAUUAAUCCUGACAACUGUGGAAGCGGUCUCGUACUUGAAGCCAUUGACGGUUCUGAUGGAUCUGAUAUCUCUACUGACUCACGACGACGACGUAGACAAAUCUUUGAUGAAGGCAUUACUGUUACAGAAGACGCAAAUCCAUCAUUUACAAUGGUUGAACCUAAGAUCGGUGGAACUAUGGGAGGCACUUCUUUGACAAUUACUGGUUCCAAUUUCGGCUCAACUCUUGAAGGCGUCACUGUCACUUUCUUUGAGGAAGUUGCCUGCGAUGUUCAGUCUGUCACUGAUACACAGAUUAUUUGCGUGACAAAUCCCUUCCCCAAAGGAAAAGAACAAGUUCCUACUGCACCAGUCAUCUUUAUUCCCGGCGGAGCUGGUAUUGCGACAGAAUCUCCACUUGAGGAGAAGGAUACUAAAUUCUGGUACAUGGAUAGAUGGUCUAGCCCAUACACUUGGGGCUGUACCGAUGAAUCUUGCAAACCUCAAGCUGGUGAAAUCAUUGUCGUUCCAGCUGGCCAGGUUCUUCUUCUUGAUGAGACUACUCCUCUUCUUGCCGUUCUGGUUAUUGAUGGAGGUACUCUCAUUUGGGACAGAAAAGACGGUAUUGAGCUUCACAUGCAGUAUGGUGUUGUCAAUAAUGGAGGACACUUUGAAAUUGGUAAUGAAGAUGAGCCUUUCUGCGAAGGAAACGCUCUUAUCAAGCUUUACGGUCAUCAACGUAGCAUCAAUCUUCCAAUUUAUGGUGCUAAAGUAUUGGCAAUCAGAUUCGGUACUAUUUCAAUCUUUGGCUGCCCUAAGACAACCACAUGGACUGAACUGGCGAACACGGUUGAAGCUGGCGCAACAGAGAUUACUCUCACUCACCCAAUUAAGGAUGAUUGGUUUGUCGGAAAUGAAAUCGUCAUUGCUGCGACUGGCGAUCUCACUAACUUCCACCGAUCCGAAAAGAGACAAAUCGCUGCUGUUUCUGAUGAUGGAUACACUGUUACUCUUGCAGAAGCUCUCGAACAUCGACAUAUUGCUGUAUGCACUAAUGGCCCUGAUGACAACGGCCUUGGAUGGGGAUGGGCUGGAGAGAUAUGCACUCGCGCGGAGGUUGGUCUUCUGACAAGAAAUGUGAAGAUGAUGGGUAAUAUAAAUAACGAAUGGACUGAAGAGCUUCCCGAAUGCAAGCUUGGUCCCGGAACAGCUUUUGGUACCCAAACUUGCUUCCAAAACAGAUAUGGCCACGAAACAGGUUCCGACCAAUUUGGAUCAGUUCUUUUCCUCCACAAGCCAGCAUAUGCUCAUAUUGCCUACUUUGAAGUGACUCACGCUGGUCAGGCUUUCAAUCUCGCUCGAUACCCAAUCCAUUUCCACACUCCUGGAUCUAUGCCUACUUCAUACGUGCGAGGUUGUGCUAUUCACAACACUUUCAACCGAGCCCUCACUCUCCAUGGUAUCCACGAUAUCGUUGUUGAGCAUAAUGUCAUUUUCAACGUUAUGGGUCUUGCUUUCUUCCUCGAAGAUGCUGUCGAAGAAAAUAAUAUCCUUAGAUACAACUUGGGUAUCAUGAACAAAAAGUCAUCCUCACUCUUGAACGUCGAUUCUACUCCAUCCGUUUUCUGGAUCACGAACCCGAACAAUAUUUUCUACGGUAACCGUGUUGCUGGCAGCUCCCACUUUGGUUACUGGUUUAAUCCGCCAGAGGAUGGACCAACUGGGCCUUCCUCUAAGGAUCCACAAUAUGAUUGGGUUUGCCCCAAGAACCGACCACUCGGACAGUUCUACAAUAACACCGCUCACUCUCUUGGUAAAUAUGGUAUGUGGAUCUUCGUUGAUCUUACUCCAACACAAAGUGGUGAGUGCGGAGAUGGAAUUCCGAAAGCGAAUAAGUUCGGAUGGAAGCCUGAAAUUGACGUCGAAGGAAACCCAGUUCCCGAGGAUACGUUUGGCUUCUUUGCCUGGCAUUGUGAGCGUGGUGCUGAAAUCGCUACUGGAGGCGCACUGCAGUUCCAUAACAUGAUUGUCGCGAAUAACUGGAUUGCCGGUCUUGCCGGUAAAGAGUCCUUCCUCCACACAUAUGCUGAUGGAGAAAAUGAUGACCAAGCUCAGCUCUUUAAGCAUAAUAUCGUUAUUGGUCACUUGUCCGGCGAUCCUGAGUUGGACGCGUGUGGAGACAUGGGUAUUGAAACUCCAUGGAAAUUCUUUUCAUUUACCGUUGACGAUAUCCAUUUCUUCAACUUUGAUGAACCAACACCAGACCUUUCUUCUGUCGGUGAUCCUUCAAACUUCGGAAUGGCUUCUGAACUUGCCAUUCGACGAUGUGUUGCCUUCGAUCCUUGCUACGGCUCAAACGCGUUCGAUUGUGGUGCCAUUACUUGGUUCCGAAACACUAAGUGGUACAAUUCUCAACGUAGAUCAACCUUUGCUUGGGAAGGAGAAGCCGGUGUUCUUGAUUUGGACGGUACCUUUGCAGGUGGUUCUCCUGGUGAUUACGUUAUCGCUGCGUCUGAUGCCUUCGAUCCAGCAUUGUGCACUUUGGAUACAUCCGGAAAGUACGACAAUGCUAACACUGAUCCAAGCUGGGACGAGCGUUCGCAUCCGGCUAUGAGAUGCAAGGGAUCUUUGGGAGAGAAAAAAUUCAAGCCGCAUCGAUUCAUGUUCAACAAUGCUAAACCUGACUCGAUGGAAGGAACGAUGGCUGUUUUCACUAACCAGUACGGAACAACCAAGUCUGGCUUCAGAAACUGUCGACCUCGAGGUAAAGGUUGGAUGGUUAUGCUUCAAGGAAACGAAGAAUACGAAAUGCACUUCGAGCAACACGAGCAUAUUUCCAACAUCUCGUUCACUGGAGAUAUUGACGAUUUCGAACAAGGAGAAUGGCUUACUAUCCGUCAUGACUUCCCAGAACUCAUCGAUUUUGCUGAAAUGAUCGGGGCUUCUGAUGCUGAACCCGAAAAAAUUGAUGAAUGGCCAGAAGAUCCUCUUACUCUCAACGCAUACGACUACAACGUUCAGAACGAGUCUGCUCCAUUCACAGUUCGAUACACAUUUAACGGUCAGGCUAAUACUGAGAAUCCUCAAGUCCAAGAAGGUGCCUUCACUUGGGGUGAGAAUUUCUACGUCCAGCCCUCUUUCCACAAAUGCUUCUUCAAAGAUUGCAUUCCACCACCACCAGCUCCACCAACUUUGCCUCCAGCACUUGUUGAUUGCGCUUUCCUCGACUGCUUGGGUGGCGAACUUCCAGCUGAGUUUAAUGAUGUUCAUAUUGCUGCAGGACAAAGAGCCAUUAUUGAUGCAGCUGCAAUCUCUGCUGCUAACGGUCACUUUAAAUUUGCCUCAGUCUUCGUUGACGGUACUCUCGAGCUUCCAGGAUCUUCUCUUGAAGCUGGAUCUACUUGCUUAAUUGAAGCUGAUCACCUUGUUGUCAACACUGGCCAGGGUGAGAAUAAAGAAAACCUCAGUAGCCGAAGACGACGAGACGUUGUUCACAUUGCUAAUGGCAAUAUCGUCAUUGGUACUGCUGACGAUCCGAUCCCAUGCGGAACAAAGGUCAUCCUGAAGAUCAACGGGGACGAGUAUUCGCCAUCCUUCGGCGCUAUGCCUGGAUCAGUUCCAAUUGGUGCUAAGGCCCUAGGUGGUAUCGGUGGUAUUGAAAUGCAUGGUUGCGAGUUGACUCACACCUGGACCACACUUACGAAUACUGUCAAUGCUGGUGAUAGCGAGAUCACUGUCGACGACGACGUCAGUUCUGAAUGGAAGGUUGGCGACGAGCUUGCUAUUGCAACUUCUGACUACGAGCAAAGACAUACUGAGUACGUUUCUAUCACUGCCAUCAGCGGACAGACACUUACUUUGAAUACAACUUUCUCCUGGACUCAUUUGGGUUCUGCUGACUCUACUAUAACCGCUCUUGGACGAACAGUAAGCCAAGCCGCUGAAGUUGCUUUGUUGACCAGAAACAUUGUUGUCGACGGUUCAGGCGGCGCUGAUGGAAAGAUGGGAGGUCGAAUUUUGGUGAGCAACUACAUGGAAACUAAUGGCGUCCAUACCUACUACAGAAAUGGCUAUGGUCAGUUCAGUUUUGUCGAGUUCAAAGCUAUGGGUCAAUACGGCUACUCCGAAUAUGAUGAUCUUCGAGCUGGUAUCCUUUUCUAUAAUGUUGAUGGUGAUGGCGAUGCUGACUCAGGAUUGAAGAAUUCCUAUGUCAAGGGAUGUGCCUUCCACGCUGGUUUCCACUCCGCUAUCGCUGUUAUGUUUGAAUCUAACAACAUUGAGGUCUCCAACAACGUCAUCUUUGGAACUGUUGACUCUGCUAUCGUCACAGACUCAAGUGGAGUAACCAUCGAUGGAAACGUCAUUGGUAACGUUUUCCACCAACAGCUCUAUCAAAAUUAUUUCGAAACGACUGUCAACGCCAAUUUCGCUGAUGACAAAACGCCUUCUGGUAUUGAGACGAUGGGUACUACGGAUGUUCUCAUCACAAAUAACAGAGUCUCUGGUGUUGAUGGUUCAUGCUUUGGCGGUAAUGGCGAGCUUUGCAACGAACUUGAAGCUAACUCUGGUGAUCAUGUUGCUGGAUCCUGGACUGGAAACCAUGGUAAAGGUUGCGUACGUGGAUACUACGUCCUAUGGGGUGGUCACAGCGCCUGUACUAAGAUUUCGGGUUUCACUUUCCACAAAACUCUUUUCUAUGGUGUUACGGCUCAAACGUCUUCUGCUCAUCUAGUUAUUGACGAUGUUAUCAUCCAAGAUGCACCAGUUGGUAUCUACGCUAUCAUGACUGGACCUGACGCAACUAUGCACUCUGCUAUGAACAAGGAUGUUACCAUCAAGAACUCUUACAUUGUUGGACGAUCCGAUAGCUAUGAUUGUACUUAUGAUACUGACGUGAAGGCUAAUGUUUACUCUGCCUCGCCAAUGGCCCGGCAGUCUUCUCUUGUUCAAGUGAAGACAACUCACACUGCUCUCCAGCCUACUGAUUUCAUCAUCAAGAAAAAUGGAUUCCCUGCUUGCGAGUGGUGGGCUAACGAAAUCGAGCCCGCUCUGUACGGUAACACUCUGAUUUACAAUACAGAGUUCGUCAAUUUCCAGGGCAAAUGUGGCGAUAAAGACUCUCUCUCCAUUUCCAACAAGAAAAUGAGCGAUCACGUUUUCCCAAUCACUUAUGUUAGUGGAAACGUUAAGACCAAUGUUAACGACGAUUAUAUCGCAGUUAACCGAAGACCACAAGUGAAGACAGUUAAUAUUGCCGACUGCGUCGAUCUGUUCUGUGACGGCUACAAGUUUAACACGAUCGUUGAUAAAGAAGGCUCUAUUCUUGGAUCUGCUGGAACGCUGAUUGCUGAGUCUGAGUUCGAAUGGAAUGGAUUUACUCGAGUCCAACCGGAUGGAUCGUCUCUCACAUACGUCCAAACACAGGAUGGUCUUGGUGACUAUCGAAUCCCGAAUCCUAUGAUGACUCGCAUGGAUGGCUCAAAGAUCCCUAUUAAUGAAGUUAGAACAGACGUCGGUGCGGUUCGCAAUGGAAACUGCGUCUGGAAAAAGGGAUUCCCCGGCUGGUUCUGUCCCGAUAUUGAGUACCAAGACUUGAUUUUCGAAUCUAUGGACGAAGACCACAUGCGACGACGACUUUCACCUGUUGCUAUUCGAUCCGAAGGUUAUGUCACCAUUGCUAAUGGUCCAGGAGAUCACUCUUGCUGCAUUGGUUACGCUUGUUUUGUUCGAUUGUCAACUUUCCAUUUGCCAGCAGCAUGUGGAAAGGACUUUGAAGUCUAUCUUUCAUCGACUACUCCUAUGAAUGCCCGAUGGCAUUUGCCCAAUGCUCCAGAAGACUGCAAGAUCAAGGUUUCGUUCUAUACAAAGCGACCUAACCGAAUCGACAUCAAACAAGAUGGUGCAUACAUGGUUCCAACUAAUGGCGCUGUCCAGGAUGACGGCUCCAUCGCUUGGCAGAAGCCUGAUCUGAUUGAACAUAUGGUCGGAGUUGAUUCUCACCAGCCUGGUGCUAACUUCCAGGAGCAAAACAACCAAAUGUUCCAUGUCAUCAUUGGCGGUGGUAAAGUUUACGACAUGAUAACGGUUCAAACGCUUGUUCUCGAACUUGGCAUGAUGACUGAGUUGAGUGAUGAUGACUUCUAUGAUAACGGAAAUCUCGCCAACAAUCUCGCUGCUCUUCUCGGCAUUGAUCCAUCCAAGAUUAAGGUGAUGAAUGUCAUUUCUGAAGAUUCUCGAAGAAGACGUAAGAGACGAGAAGAAGCUGGAUUCCUUGGAUUCUCUCUCGCUGGAUUCCGUUUCCGACGUGAAGCUGCCGAGUCAACUCUUCAGAUUGAAAUUUCACCUGAAGAGACUGAAAGUGGUGCUGCCAAGCUUUCUGAUCUUGCCGAAGAAGUCGUUGCAAAGGCUGCAGACGUCGCUGCUGCAGUUGCUGAUGCUACUGGCGCAGAAGUCGAAGCCGAAAUCGCUGUCGCGCGACCUCCUCCUCAACCAGCAACACCACCUCCAGCUGUUCCACUUACUGAACUUCUUGGUAUGAGAGAAAUCACACCCGAAGAUGACGUAGAAGAAUUCCUCAAGGAGGUCGAGGAAACUCUUGGAUCACCACUUUCGGAGCUCAAGACUGCUGAAGAGACUGCUAAUGAGGCACAAGAACUUGUUGAUGCUGCCAACGAGCCCAUCAUCUACGAUACACCAACACGAAUGGAAUUCUCUCACCAACCUUCUGGACCUCAAAUUCUCAAUCAGAAGUUCUUCGACGUAUUCCAGAUCAUUAUGUACGAUCAAAAUGACCAAGUGAUGACAACUGUUGGUUUUGUUGACAAUCCGGUGAAACUGAAGGCUGAAAUCGUCGAUCCAGUCCUUACCGGACCUAAUGUCGCAUCCCCCGAUGGUACUACUCGAGUUGAAUUCACUCCUGGUUCCGGUAUCGCCACUUUUGAUAAUUUGAUUAUCACUGGCGACGUUACAUCCGCCAAGAUCAAAUACUCCAUUGCUUCUCCAGCAGAUUACGUUGGCACUGUCGAUGCAAUCAUUUCUGAGGUCAUCACUUUCAUUCCACCACAGCCUGAAGGCGAGUGCGUUGCCGAUGAAGGAAAUCCAUUCGACAAAAAGGAAUCGUGGACUGAAACUUGCGACUUUGUCUGUCUUUCACCUUGCUCUGAUCUUUCUAGCGUUGGCGGUGGCGUCGGUGGACCCGAAUGCGCGGAUGUCGCUAACUGCGAAGGAACUGGGGAUAUGCCAACUUACUCUACUUGCGACGCGGAUGUCGGAUGCAAGUGCAACAUGACUUUAGUUCCAGCACAAACUGAAAUCAACCCUGAAGACUUUGUCUACGCUGAGUGCAACUCUGGCUCCCUUGAAGUUCGCAUCAACAAGUGUGUCAUGAAUCGAUUCGGUUUCACUCUCAGCGAUCUUUACAUUGCUGGUCCAGAAAAAACUGAUGAUUUCUCCACUCUGGCUACUUCAUCGUCCAACAACUGCCGCGGUAAGAUCGGAUAUCAAAACGGUGCUGAAUACGUCUUCUCGAUCGAUCGAAACUUCGGCGACUGUGGAACCGUGAUUGAGGCUAAUGGCACUCACAACACUUACAGUAAUGCUAUUCAAGGAUCAGCUGGUAUCGAUAAUGGAGUCAUUAAACGAAUGCGAAACCUCUUUACGAGCUUCACAUGCGUCUACGAGAUCGAUAUUUCCGUCUCAAUCGGUAUCGGUGCAGUUCAAGCUACUUCAUUGGAGAUCGCUCUCGGUGAAAAUACGGGAACAUUCGAUGUUACAAUGGCACCAUACACUGAUUCGUCGUACUCUGUGGUUUCAAGCGAGACUGACACUGUAACCAUUCCAGAGGAUGUCUUUAUCGGCCUUGCCCUUACAGAUGCCGGUUCUGAAUUUGUUACUUACGCUAAAGAUUGUUGGGUGACUGCUACAAACGACCCCGAUGAUACUGACAUGUUUGACUUGAUCAUUGAUGGAUGUGUCAACCCUGACGAUCCGGAUAACAUCGCAGUGAUUGAAAACGGUGCAUCCUCUCAAUCUCGUUUCUCCUUUGCUGCCUUCCAAUUUGUCGGACUCGAAGCGAACGAGCUCUACGCUCACUGUGCCGUCCAGAUCUGCUCGCCAGACAACAUGAGUGAUUGCACACCAUCUUGCGGAAGUCGACGCAGACGAUCUGCUCGAGAACGACGAGACACUGGUGAUAUCAUCACAACAAGCAUCCAGGUGUCCGCCGUCCAAUGCGAGCGCGACUGUCCUGCCGAUGAUCUGAUCUGCCGACAACCAUGCGUUCAGACUACCAUAUACAGAGGAUAA